GUUUUACGGCAUCUUGGUUCUGACGUCACCAGUGGGCGGGACUUACGAUAGCUAUGUCCUGUGAGUGUGUGUUUGAGAGGCGAGUCUUUCUUUCUCACGCUAACACUUUUAGUGGAUACUCACCUGUUGAAAAAGCAGCACCAGACUAGUACCGCUUCACACUUCUAUAAAGUGGAUUGACCUUUUUCCCAACAUGACAGACGCGCUUUUGCCAAACGGCCUCAAGGAAGGUCGAGGAGACGGCAAGUACUUCAGAAAGGGUUGUAACCCAUUUGCCCAGACAGGACGAAGCAAGCUGCAGAACAAGCGAGCCAGUCUGAAUCAGCAGAUCAUCAAGCAGAUGAGGAUGCGAGCAGGAGCAGAGAACCUUCUCAGGGCUACCUCCAACAACAAGGUGAAGGAGAUGGUCUUGCUGGAGCUAAGCUAUGUCAAUUCCAACCUGCAGCUUCUCAUGGGCCAGCUGGAAGGACUCAACAGCUCCAUGGAGGUCUACCAGAGCAGCCAGGAAACGGCCAACAUCCCGGUCAUCGCACUGGGUCUGAAGGAAACAAAAGAAAUUGACUUCUCCACACCUUUUAAGGAUUACAUCAUUUCGCAUUACAACGAAGACGGAGCCACCUACGAAGACGAGCUUGCCGACCUGAUGGACCUUCGACAGUCGUGCAGGACGCCAAGUCGUAGCGAGGCUGGCGUGGAGUUGCUGGCAAGGUACUGCAACCAUCUUCCUCUGGUGGAGAGUCGAUUCUUCUCACCCACACAUCACAGUGGCAUCUUCUUCACGUGGUACGACUCCUUCACGGGUGUGCCAGUGUGCCAGCAGAAUUUGUCGCUGGAGAAGGCCAGCAUGCUCUUCAACAUGGCCGCUCUCUACUCACAGAUCGGCACCCGCAGCGACCGGCAGACAACGGCCGGCCUGAGGGAGGCCAUUUCAGCUUUCCAGAAGGCAGCUGGCAUCCUGAAUCACUUGAAGGAGACAUUUACACACACACCCAGCUACGACAUGAGUCCCGCCAUGCUGGCCAUGCUCAUCCGCAUGAUGCUGGCACAGGCGCAGGAAUGUCUUUUUGAGCAGCUCGCCCUUCCCGGCGUCCGCAAUGAGGUUCUGACAUUGCUCAGGAUGGCACAAGAGGCGGCCAAGGUGUCGGAAAUCUAUGACCACGUCCACCAGUCCAUGAUCCAGACGCCGUUGAAAGAUAACGUGCCCUUUUUCUGGUCUACUAUGUCUCAAGUGAAGACCAACCAUUACCGCUCUAUGGCGCACUACUUUGUGGCCUCGGCCUUGCUGGACCACCAUGUGGGUCCAAGCGAUGACGAGGACCAGCAGGAAAAGACCUUGUCUCAAGUAUACAAUCACCUCCCCGACGGUUGUUCUCCCCUGGAAAUUCUAAAGAAGAGAUCUGAGCGAAGGCGUAUUGGAAGAGCUCACAUCCAUCGCGCCAUCACGGGUCACGAGGAGGCACUGAGGAUCUACAGCUUGUGCCAUCACCUCAACAAGCUGGAGGUGCUGCAGGACAUUUUGAAGGCCAGCCACCAGCGCUCGCUGCACAAGGCCAGUGACAAACAGAUGGAGGAGGAGUUCACAGACUACUUGGACGUGCCCGGCAUUAUCUCAAAAACUGAACAACAAGCAGAGAUGGAGGUUCCUGCCGCCUUAAAGGUGAAAGUCAGCGACUUUUUCCAGAGACUGGGUCCUCUGUCAGUGUUCUCCGCCAAGCAGCGUUGGACACCACCCCGGAAGGUGCGUCUGCGCACGGAGGACAGAGACGUCGGUUUCACCCUUAAGGGGGAUGCACCAGUCCAGGUUGUCUCUCUGGAUCCCCUCUGCCCCGCUGCUGCCGACGGGCUGAAUGAGGGCGACUACAUUGUUGCCGUUGGCGAGGCGGAAUGCAAGUGGAUGGGUGUAGGUGAGGUGAUGAGGCUGCUAAAAGACGUGGACAAGCAGGGCGUGGACAUCACGGUGGUCAGCGUGCUGGAAGGCAAUCCCACCAUGCCGGCCAAGAGUGCCACUUUCUGCGGCAACCUGCCCAAGACAUACUCCAUGAUUUGUCUGGCCUACGAUGGCGACGACAAAAGUGGCAAGUCGCGCAAGAUCAGCAAAAAAUCGUCCUUCCUCAGCUGGGGCCUGAAGAACAAACUGAAGAGUGCCAGUACCGUCAGCCUGCCUACUGCAGAGCAGUCGUGGAACAAACCCUGCCCGGCCUUCCCCAGCUCCUACAAGGACGCAGCCCUCUACUGAAUACACAGGUGCCCUCUCUGGUACCCUCUGCAACACUGUGGGGACACAAACACUAACAAUUAAUAUUUAUAGCCACACCUAUUACCCCCGCACCCACCUCUGAGUUAAAACCGCUGAUUGAAGAAAUUGUCUUUUAAAAUGAAAUGUUAUAAGCUGCUAACCAGUAAUUUUUGUGAUACAGCCUUUAAAGGGAUCUUGAGUAAAGUGCCUGGACCAGCCAGCCAGUUGGUGACGUUAAUAAGCGAGCGUAGUAAAGGAGGGUAAACGAGUCGUCUUCCUGCGUUUGGGAAAUAUCCAAGAAGUUUGAAAUCUCGCUUUUAAAUGGCAGACGAACAUGAUAAUCUACCGUUUGUUUUAUUCCUCAGUCGAUUAUCUCAAUAACAAACCACCGGAACACAUUUUAAGAAAAAGUUGUAUUUCCCGACCCCCCCCCACCAAAAAAAUUAUAAUAACAACAACAAUAAUAAUAAUUUCAAAAAUUGGAAUCUUGGUAACAUUAUUUGGAGAAAAAAAAGAUAAUUUGGGGACACGUUUUUCUUUUCGAAAACUAAUUUGUGUUUAUUGGAGAAACAAAAGCAUAAUCUUACCAACAAGGUUGUAUUUGUCACCCCCAAAAUGUGCAAUCUUAGAAGAAUAAAAUCACAUCAAGUGGUGAAAAAGGGUAUUCUGAAGUUUUAUUUAUUCAAGUAAAAAAGUUGCAAUCACACCAAAAAAAAGUCUUGCUUUUCUGGAACAAAUUCACGUUUGAGGGAAAAAAUUCUUAUUAUAAUAAAGUCACAUUUAUUUGAGUCAAAAAGGUGUAAUGUUACAAGAAUAAAGUCAUACUUUUUGAAGAUAAAAUUAAAUUUUCUCUGAGGAAAACAGUCGUAAUGUUAGGAGAAUAAAGUUGCAUUGAUGCAUGAAAAAUAUAUUUUUACGAGGAUAGUCAGAUUAUUUUGGUAGAGAAAAAAGUUUAAUUUCACAAGCAUGAAUGUCAAUGUGCAAUGUUUCAAGAAUAAAAUAAAAUUAAAAUGCAAAAAAAGGGUAAUGGCAUGACAAUAAAAUUGCAUUGCAUGCAGUUAAAACAAAACAAAACGGUGUAAUGUUAUGAGAAUAAAGUUUUUAUCCGCCCCAAAAAGUGCAAUUUUAGCAGAAUGAAGUCACAUAAACUCACCAAAAACGGACAAUUAAUUGCAUUAGUUCAAGUCAAUGAGACUAAAGUCACAUUGUUUGCAAGUCAUAAAUAGCAGACUAGUUAGUUAAAAUGGUUUUAAAAAAAAGUUGUAAUCUCAAAAGAAUUAAGGUUUCCCCCCAAAUUGCAAUAAAGUAAUUAAUUCAAGAAUAAAAGUUCUAACCUUAUAACAAUAGUAACAGUAGUAAAUCAAAAUAAGUGUAAUCUUAUGAGAAUAAAGUUGUAAUUUCAAAGAAAUUACAAUCUUAGUCGCAGCAAUUUUGAAAACAAAUUACAGGACGAAACCAUUUAUUUGAGUAAAAAUAUGAGUAAUUUUACAAGAAUAAAUGAUUGCUUUUUGAUUAUCGAGUCGCAUUUACUGGAGGAUAAAAAGGCGUAAUCUUACAGGAAUAAAGUUGUAUUUUCAAAAAAAUCAAAUUUUAUAAGGAUAGAUUCACAUUAAUUCGAGAAAGCCUAAAGUCAGGAAAAUAGUAGCCUUCAUUAGAGUGAAAAAAUACCAUAAUCUCACAAGAUUGAAGUUGAACCGGCAAGGGUUCAGUGUACGUCCGUUUUUUUCCCUGAGUUUUCACCACCCACAUCAGUUUUUACAACUCGCAACUGUUCUAUUUAAUUCAGAUUGAAAGUGCGCACUGAUUUCAAAGCCGACCUAACCUAUCAGCUAGCGAACCAACCUACAAAGUAUUCAAUGAACACAUUCAAUUUGCCCAAAUAUUCACAUCAAAAUGACGUUUUUUGUUUUGUUUUGUUUAAUUUGAAUGCUUGGGACACAAUAAAAAUAGACUAUUUAUUUAACGUUUGCCUCGCGUAAUCCAUUUAUUUGCCUCCAUAUUAUGGAAGUACUGUAAAUCUGUGCCACCUGAGUUUAAAUUUGAAUUCAUAAUGACUUUUUUUGUAUCAAAAUCAAACUUUGAUUUUUAAAUAACAUGACAGUUUUAGCACUUGUUAAAAUAGAUUUGCGGUACAAAAAAAUGUGACGUGUAGAAAUAUUUAGAUUUAAUUGCUGAGAAACAAUUCUAUGUAAAAUUCUCUGGAGAAAAAACAUCUAACAUCCAACAUCUAAAUUUGCAUGGCACAAAAAUGACCAGAAUGGAAGUAUAUCUGUGCCUUCUGAGUGAGUUUCAAUUAGCACCCAAAACAAACCAUCAAAUUUCUAGCAGUCAAUGUUAAAAUGAAUUUACAGUUAAAAAAAUAAUGAAAUAAAAAUUUAAUUUGAUUGCUGGCAUUUUUUGUAUUUAUUUAUUUAUUUUAUUUUUUUUGCCUCUGCCUUUGACCCAGUUUUGUGUCAAUCUAUCCAUCCAUUUUCCUCCGUUUAUCUGAGGUCGGGUCGCAGGGCCAGCAGCCUCAGGAGGGAAGCCCAGACUUCCCUCUCCACAGCCACUUCGCGUUUCCAGGCCAGCCGAGAGACAUCGUCUCUCCAGCGUGUCCUGGGUCGUCCCCGGGGUCUCCUCCCGGUGGGACGUGCCCGGAACACCUCACCAGGGAGGCGUCCGGGAGGCAUCCUAAUCAGAUGCCCGAGCCACCUCAUCUGGCUCCUCUCAAUGCGGAAGAGCAGCGGCUCUACCCUGAGCCCCUCCCGGAUGACAGAGUUUCUCACCCCAUCUCUAAGGGACAGCCAGGACACCCUGUGGAGGAAACUUAUUUUGGCCGCUUGUAUCCGGGAUCUUGUUCUUUCGAUCACGACACACAGCUUGUGACCAUAGGUGAGGGUAGGAACGUAGAUCGACCGGUAAAUCGAAAGCUUCUCCUUUCAACUUAGCUCCUUCUUCACCACAACCGACCGAUACAAAGUCCUCAUCACUGCAGACGCUGUACCGAUCCUCCUGUCGAUCUCCCGUUCCAUUCUUCCCUCACUCUUGAACAAGACCCCAAGAUAUUUGAACUCCUCCACUCGGGGCAGGAUCUCAUCCCCGACCCGGAGAGGGCACUCCACCCUUUCCGACUGUGGACCAUGGUCUCAGAUUUGGAGGUGCUGAUUCUCAUCCCAGCCGCUUCACACUCGGCUGCGAACCGCUCCAGUGAGAGUUGGAGAUCAUGGCUUGAUGAAGCCAGCAGAACCACAUUAUCAGCAAAAAGCAGAGAUGCAAUACUGAGGCCACCAAACCGAACCCCCUCUACGCCUCGGCUGCGCCUUGAAAUUCUGUCCAUAAACGUUAUUAACAGAAUCGGUGACAAAGGGCAACCUUGUCGGAAUCCAACCCUCACCGGAAACAAAUCCGACUUAAUGCCGGCAAUGUGGACUAAACUCUGACACUGGUUGUAUAGGAACCGAACAACCCGUAUCAGGGGGUUCGGCACCCCAUGCUCCCGAAGUACCCCACACAGAACUCCCAGAGGGACACGGUCGAACGCCCUCUCAAAGUCCACGCAAUGCGUGUAGACUGGUUGGGCGAACUCCCAUGCACCCUUGAGGACCCUGCAGAGAUUCAACUUCCCGACGGAGCCUCCUCUUUAGCACCCCUGAAUAGACCUUACAGGAAGACUGAGGAGUGUGAUCCCCUUGUAGUUGGAACACACCGUGUCCCCCUUGACCACCACCCCAGUCUGCCAAUCCAGAGGCACUGUCCCCAAUGUCCAUGCGAUGUUGCAGAGGUGUGUCAAGCAGGACAGCCCCAAAACAUCCAGAGCCUUUAGGAACUCUGGACGCAUCUCAUCCACCCCCGGGGCCUUGCCACCGAGGAGCUUCUUAACCACCUCGGUGACCUCAACCCCAGAGAUAUGAGAGCCCACCUCAGAGACCCCAGACUUUGCUUCCUCAUGGGAAGGCGUGUCGGUGGAAUUAAGGAGGUCUUCGAAGUAUUCUCCCCACCGACUCACAACGUCCCGAGUCGAGGUCAUCAGCGCCCCAUUCCCACUAUACACAGUGUUGAUGUUGCAUUGUUUCCCCCUCCUGAGUCGCCGGAUGGUGGACCAGAAUUUCCUCCGAAGCCGUUCGGAAAUCGUUCUCCAUUGCCUCACCGAAGUCCUCCCACGUCCGACUUUUUUGUGUCCGCUUUGACCAUAUUAGGCCAAGACCGCCACCUUUCCUCUGAUUGGUUGUCUCAGUGUAGGAAACCAACUUGUGAGAGCUCACGUGUUUAUGUUGACAGUCCUGGCUUGGGAGUGGAGAGGUAGAUGAAGAUCUUCGCUGGUGACGUAGAUAAGCUUGAGAAGUUAAAAUGAUCGGAUUUCAGGCCUCUCGGCAGAAAAACGUCUGGAACUCAGGAAUGCGUGGACGAUUUUAAUUCAUAUUUCCCAUAUUUACUGAGGCACCAUACAGACAAUAUUACAUCCCAAAUACUAGAAAAUGUUGGUUUGGUAAAAUAUGGCACCUUUAAAAUAAAUUCAGAGAAAAAAAAAAAAUAAUUUGAAAUUUCAACUCAAAUGGCACAGAAAUACUUCCAUAGCGCGUCCAUAAUAAUACAGCCUCUUGUUAUGUGAAUAUAUGAGCAGACUGACGUCACCUUUAAUUAAACAUUCCACGGAAAGACUGCGGCCAUUUUUGCUGACACCUUUGCAGUGUUGGACUGAUCUCUUUUGUCUACAAAGUAGAUUCUUAUACAUUUGAUAAUCAAAUUUAUUAUUUAUGUCAUAUAAAAAGUACCUGUAUAUAAUGUUCCUGUUAGGUCGUGUGUAGUUUGUGAGUGGAAAAUAAUUUUGCAUAUUAGAUUUUCUCAAAGGAAUGUAUUUUAUUCUCUUUUUGUGUGUGUCAGCUGGCACAUUGUCAUAAGAAAACACUCUGAUGUGUUGUACUUAGUGCUACGUUGUUGUAAAACUCUUUAUAAUGAUUACUCAGUGUAUUUUGUUGCCCUUGCUCCUGAGGUACAGUAUAUGCAUAUACGUACACCAUGUCAUAUAUUGUCAACAAAAAAAGAAUUGUGAUGCUAAAUGAGUUCUAUUAGGGGCUGUUGUUGUAUUAUUACUUUCUACUGUGGUGCAAAUUGCUUCUCUGGAAUUUAUUUGUGUCUUGUGUGGAAUCCAAUCUUAAUAAAACAAAGGGGACAAAGA